AUGACUGCAGCACUGAUGGCCAAAGUAUCGAUUGGCGCCGAGGCGGAGCGGCCGGCGGCGGGCGGCGCAGGGCCCGUUAGAUUUGGUCAGUGUCGCGAGGCGAGGCGAGGGGCUGGCGAGUGCCGCGAGGACCCCGCGCACGAGACGCGACUGUACCUCGCGGGCCCCGCGGCGUCGGCGGCAGCCUGGUGGGCGGCUGUCCGCCGGGCGGCGUUCUUUACGCGGGGCGGCCUCGCCCCGGCCCCGGCGCCGCCGCCGCCGCCGCCUCCGCCGGCGCUCGCCGUCGUUACCCGUUACCCGGCGGCGGCGGCGGCGGCGGCCGGCGCUCUCGCAUUCCUCUCGCCUCCUCCUCCUCCUCCUCCUCCUCCUCCUCAUCGCCGUCCUCUGCCUCCGGCCGUUCGCAGCGGCGCCCGGCUCGGCGCGGCGCCCGCUCGCCCGCCCCUCUCUCCUCCCGCGUGUCCCUCGGCCGCGCGCCGCUAUCAGCUCGCGGCGCGGCGCGGCGCGGCUGGAUGUGACUUUGGGAUGUUGAGUUUUAGCGUUGUGAGGAAGUGGGACGCGGACAGACUGCGGGAGGCGCGGGCUGGCCUGCGUGGUGCGCAGCAGACGGUGCGCUGCGCGGCCGGCAGGCAGCUGACGCAGAGCGGUCACUCGGCGGCGGCUAUUGUUCCGGCGGGCGCGGCGUCACCAUUUGUCACGUAG